AUGAUAGUUACAGGAAAUGAAGAGGAGGAAAUCUCUAGUUUGCAGAAGCAUCUGGCAACCGAGUUUGAAAUGAAGAACCUUGGGGGAUUAAAAUACUUUCUGGGUACGCCAAUAGUUCAAAAUCAUGGAUUGGGAGAACACUUGAACCAAACACCCACGAAUAGAGAAAGGUACCAACGGCUUGUGGGAAAACUAAUCUACUUGUCCCAUAUACGACUGGAUAUUGCCUAUGCUACAAGUUUAAUGAGUCAAUUCAUGCAUAAUCCUAAUGACGAUCACAUGAAUGCCUUGCUUCAGAUUUUACGGCACUUGAAGUUUUCCCUAGGAAAAGGACUCAUGUUUAGGAAAUAUAAUCAUUUAAACAUUGAUGGUUAUAUGGAUGCUGACUGGGCUGGGAGUAUUAUUGACAGAAAGUCUACAUCAGGAUAUUUCACUUUCGUGGGUGGCAAUCUAGUUACUUAG